AUGACCGUUAAUGACAAACAACUCUUUAGUUCGCACUGUGAUUUGGUGAAAUUCACACAUAUCAAUCGAGCGCUCUCAACAAAAAUGAGUUGCGACAAGUCAAAAGCUUUGACCCGUAAAGACUUCAUCAGAUUAGUCAGUGGUGUAAACUCUAUUGAAUAUCUUUAUCAAGAGUACCAAAAAAUAAAGAAUAUUAAAACAGAAGGAACGUUUCGCGCCUGUAUAACUGCUGCUAAUUUUGAAGAUGAAAGAUAUGGAGAAAGACUGUGCUUCGACCACAACUGCGUGAUCCUUUCAAAAGAAAAAGGAGUCACCAACUUCAUAAACGCCUCUUACAUCAACGGGUUUCAACAAUCAAAGGCGUACGUUGCUACUGUAACGCCAUAUUCAGAAGCAACAAUCUAUAAGUUUUGGAGAAUGGUUUGGGAACAUCAAUCUGAAAUCAUUGUAAUGCUCAAUGCACCUAUUAAUUAUGAGGAGGGCAUUUAUUACUGGAACCCAAACGAAGGAGAUACGUUUCAUUGUGAAAAGUUCAGGAUUGAGACUGUUAAAGUUCAAAUGAUUUUCCAGGAAAUCCAACUCACAAAACUUUGUGUCACACACGAAAACGGAGAUGAAUUGUUUGUCAACCACUUUUUAUUUAAUUGGCAGGAUAAGUAUAUCUCAACCCCAGAAUAUGAGUUUCUUCAGUUAGUGAAGAUGGUACGAUUAUACAAUAAAUUUGCAGUGAAGCAAGAUGAUCAUACCAAAAGUCCCAUAGUGAUCCAUUGUAGUGAUGGAACGGGACGAACAAUGGCUUUCUGCGCCAUAGACACAGAAAUUUCAAGAUUUCUAAUAACAAGAAGAGUUGAUUUAUAUUCUACUCUAUCGGAACUGAAAAAGAACAGGUUUGACAGCUUUGACAGCUUGGACGAUGUAAAUUACUUAAGUUUUAUUCAUUUGGUUUUGUGUUGUUAUUUUAAAACUUAUCCCUUAGAAUAAAAAAAGUGUUCUCUAUUUUGUAACAAAUCUAAAGUAAAUUUUAUAUAUAUAU